GUAAAAGAAAGUGAAAGUGAAUGUCUGUCAACUCAGCUGCUCGUUGACUGUCACACACCAGCUGGACUGAAAAGUUUUGUGGACUUCAGCAGUUUUAUCUUUUGCUUCGUCGUAUUCCUGAAUUCAGUGACUUGUUAUGGUGAACAGCAGGGUGGAGGCACCCUCAGUGGCAGUGAUGGGCAGCGGCGGGGCGACAGCAGGCAGGUCGUGCGCAGGAUGCGGAGGUCGUAUCGUGGAGCGCUUCCUCCUCUUCACCAUGGAGCAGUACUGGCACACGCGCUGCCUCAAAUGCUCCUGCUGCCACGCUCAGCUGGGCGAAUACAGCAGCACCUGUUUCAGCAAAGGUGGCAUGAUCCUCUGCAGAAACGAUUACAUCAGGCUGUUUGGACACAGCGGAGCUUGCAGUGCGUGUGGACAAUCAAUCCCUGCUAGUGAAAUGGUGAUGCGGGCACAAGGAAACGUUUACCACCUCAAGUGUUUUAUUUGUGCAACUUGUCGGAACCGCCUGGUUCCCGGGGAUCGCUUUCACUACAUCAACGGAACCAUCUUUUGUGAGCACGAUCGGCCAGGAGAUGGACUGCUCAAUGGACACGCCACUCAACUGCAAGCUAACAGUCUGAUGUCGGACCAAAAGGUUUGCUGAGGAAGAGGAUGGAAGGAAAAAAGUGUGCCUUCUCCCUUUAGCCCUCACCUCAGAAGGAGUGAAUGGGCUUCAUUCUGGAUGAUUGGACCACAAGGCUGCCAUCUUUCAAGACCUGGCAGUAAAAAGAAAACAACUAACAUUUCAUUGCAGUGAUCACAAUGAAAUCAUCAUGCCUUGAUUUGGGUCAUAAGUACGGCGACAACACCUAAAUUCUAUUUCCGAAAUGGCAGCAGUGAAACUUUUUUUGGGGAGGAAAAAUGUGUAUAUGACUGAAUUGUUUUCUUCUUCUUGAAACCAACUUAACAUACAAACAUGGACUUUGGCCAAGUGUUCGUCUUAAUGUUUGGGGUAAAGUGGUGUCUUUUCACAUUAUAAAAAACAUUCAAGCUUUAAUCUGAAUUGUAUUUCUGUUAACACCAGACACAACAAUCCAGUUUUCUGACCGUUAUCCUUUUCACUGUUGGGCAGUUUCAGUUUGAACAGAUUGCUAUGAAAAUAGAAACUGGUCCAUUACUUUUGCCCAUGUAACCAAUUCAUGCAAAUUCAAGCAAUCCCCAUGAAUUAUGCACAUCUUUGCAACUUUGUCCAUACUCACGCACUUUCCUUGCACAUUUUGGCCAAUCAUUGUCAUUUUCACUAGGUAUGUUCCGACCAGGGUUUUAUACCUCAAAUUCCGAUACCGAUCAUCCAUGAGUGAAAUCAGCCAAUAUCUAUCACGUAUUAAUUUUUGUAUUCUAUACGUUGAGUGCUAUUUACAGUUUAAAAACAUCAAAACAAUAUUUCAACUAUAGUUCCUUAUUCUCUUUUUAUUCAUACAAUUGUUUGAGCGAUACAAAAGUACACACUAACUAAACAGGAGCAACAACUGCUAUCUGCUACUCAUUUAGACCAUUUGGUUUUUGCCCUCAAUGUCAUCUUGUGGAAUUAUUCCUUGAACUCGUAAACAUUAAAGGCCUACUGAAAUGAAUUGUUUUUAUUUAAACGGGGAUAGCAGAUCCAUUCUAUGUGUCAUAUUUGAUCAUUUCGCGAUAUUGCCAUAUUUUUGCUGAAAGGAUUUAGUAGAGAACAACGACGAUAAAGGUCGCAACUUUUGGUCGCUGAUAAAAAAAAGCCUUGCCUAUACCGGAAGUAGCGUGAGGAAGGACUCCUCACAUUUGCACAUUGUUUACAAUGCAGCGAGAGAGAUUCGGACCAAGAAAGCGACGAUUACCCCAUUAAUUUGAGCGAGAAUGAAAGAUUCGUGGAUGAGGAACGUGAGAGUGAAGGACUAGAGUGCAGUGCAGGACGUAUCUUUUUUCGCUCU